UGCUAAAUUUUCCAUAAUGGGACUUAAUUAAAAUUAUCGAUCGCUUUGUCAAAAUGGAGUUCGUAUCAGUUCGCGUGAAGGCGAUAACUCCUUUAUCAGUCGAAUAUUUCGCUAUAAAAACUCGAAGCUUCUCUUGGUUGGACAUCAGUUUUCAACAUGAAGGCUUUCAUCGUUUUGGUAGCUCUGGCUUUCGCCGCUCCCGCUCUUGGUCGCACCAUGGACCGUUGCUCCUUGGCCCGCGAGAUGUCCAACCUGGGCGUUCCUCGUGACCAGCUGAACAAGUGGGCCUGCAUCGCCGAACACGAGAGCUCCUACCGCACCGGAGUGGUGGGACCUGAGAACUACAACGGCUCCAACGACUACGGCAUCUUCCAGAUUAACGACUACUACUGGUGCGCUCCUCCCAGCGGUCGCUUCUCCUACAACGAGUGCGGUCUGAGCUGCAACGCCCUGUUGAGCGACGACAUCACCAACUCCGUCCGUUGUGCCCAGAAGGUCCUCAGCCAGCAGGGAUGGUCCGCCUGGUCCACCUGGCACUACUGCAGCGGAUGGUUGCCGUCCAUCGAUGAUUGCUUCUAAGCUAUAGUUCCGAUUUCCCAGUAAAGACAUCUUGAUUUGCAAAAUUUGGUUCAAUUUGAAUGGGCCAUGAGUUUCCACAAUAUUCUAGCUAAUAAACAUUGUCUUUGUAGUCGGAGCAUUAAAGAUGCUUAACAGCCCUAA